ACAAGUAUAGUUAAGGUAAGAAAAGAAGAGAGGAUGAGGGUUUUAUAAGGGCAGAGAGACAGAGAGUGCAGCGCGGUGGAGAAAAAAGGCCGAAACCAACGCAAUGGCAAGCACGGCGGUAGACAAAACCGAGGACCAACUCCGCCACGAGAUCGGCGAGCUUCUUCGCCAACAGCGCGAGAUUACGGAGAGGCUUCGAGAUCCUCGAGGCCUUCGCAGAGGCGCUGCUGCUCCCCGCAACUUCUCUUCCAACGGAAUUCGCCAACGACCUUUUCUUCGACCGGGAGAUAGGAAUCACUCCGAAGAUCAACCCCCUCCCAAACGUCGUCUAUCAUCUGCUGUCGUUAAGGUGGAUGGUGGGGAGUUGACUGAAGAUGCUGAGACUAAGGUGGAUGGUGGGAGUGGGAGUGGAACUGCUUCUGAAGUUCACAGUGAUAGGAAGCCUUUUAAUUCUCAUCAAAGUGGAUGGUCUAGGAGAGAUGAUCAAAGAAUUUCAAAGGCUUCUGAGAUUCCUACUACGGAACAUGUACCAAGGCUAUUUCCGAAGAAUGAGGAUCCAAGCUUGGUUAAUAGAAAUAAAAGAAUGCUGGGACAGCUUUUGGGAACUCUGGAGAAAUUCAGAAAGGAAGACAAGCAACUCUCAGGAACAGAGGCAUAUAUGCGAAGAUCUAAUUCAUUGCAAAGAGCUGAGCAAAGAGCACGGGAGGAAAGUGAAAGGCUUAGGAAAGAAGAGCGUGAACAGAUAGCUGAAAAAUGGAGGAGAGACUUGACUCUUAGGGCACGUGUGGCUGCUAAGACAGAAGAAAAAAGAUUGGAGUUGCUAUUUCUUCGAUGGAGUGAGCAUCAUAAAAGACUAAGCAAUUUUAUAAGGACUAAAGCAGAGCCUCCAAUAUACUAUUUGCCUAACAAGCCCUUGGAGGAAGACACUGAGUCAAUUGAGAAACGCAAAGAAGAGGAUUUCUUAGCAUGGAAGAAUGUUAGAAGAGAGGAAGUCUCUGAGUAUCAGAAACAGAUUGGGGAGCAGUAUCUUGCAAAUGUUGAGAAGGAGCUAGAGAGAUGGCAAAAUGCAAGGAAUGCAAAGAAAGCAAACAAUGAUCAGAAUUUGCAGGAGACUAUGGACAAAGAACUGGACACACAUAGGCUUGAGCAUGGUCCCAAGAAAAGAAAGAUCCCAGGCGGAAGCACUGAUGACGAUGAUGUGGAAGAUAUAAAUGUUGGAGAGGAUGACAUGAUGGACGACGAAUUAGAGGAUGAUUCUGGGAGAAGGGUUGAGGAAGCAAUUGAAACAGAAGCGGAUAACAACAAUGCAGAUUCUGCAGCUGAUGCCGAUAAUGUUGAGAAGCAGUGAUGGCUGGCCAGGGCUGUCUACUUUAGAGGAUUCUGAGAUAUUCGUGUUUAGUAGUAAUUUUUUUUCUUAGCUAUGUAUUAGAAAACCUGUUGCCUUUGUGUUUUCUGUAUUCAAAUUAACUUUGUUCACAUGUUUUCACAGUAUGUUUGGGACUGUUCUCUUUAGCAUCAAACUUAGCAUACAGAACUUCAAAAUUUAUGAUGUAUUUAAUGUAUUGGAAAUUUAAAUAUAUUUAUUUUAUUCUA